AUGGCAGAAGAUAUCCCACGGUGGUUGAUAUGUGGAGCGGGAGCGGGAUUGGCUGUCGAUCUGGGACUAUACCCUUUGGACACGAUAAAAACAAGAUUACAGAGUAAACAAGGUUUUUUUGCUGCAGGAGGAUUCAAGCAUAUAUACAGCGGAAUGGGAUCCGUCGCAAUUGGCUCCGCUCCAGGAGCAGCUCUCUUUUUCAUGACCUAUAGGUCUGUGAACGGAUUGUUCAGGAAAGAAAGUAGUUAUUUAUUUUGCCUUCAACUGAUUGCAGACUCAUUAGUCCAUGCAUUCUCCGCUACUAUAGCCGAAGUUGUAGCAUGUGCGGUACGAGUCCCUACAGAGCUUGUGAAACAACGAUUGCAAGCUUCUGCCAAGCAAGCUCUUUCUGAUGUUUGUCGAGAAAUUUACAAAUCGAAUCGCUUGCGAGGGUUUUAUCGAGGAUAUCUGAGCACUAUUGCAAGAGAAAUACCGUUCUCUAUAAUCGAGUUCCCUCUUUGGGAAUUUUUGAAGAUGAAAUUGGCAAAGAAUAGGGUAAGCGGGCUCCUUUGA